CCGUGUGACGUAUGCUGUUACGUAACAAGCGGAACUACUACCUAAUGAAAGCCGCCCCCUGUUUGUUUGUUCGCCUCAGCAGCUGCGGGACCAACAGGUGACAGGAUGGACACCCAGAGGCAGCUUGUGGACAGGUUGCGGUCAACGUUUCGUUCAGGCAUCACAAUACCGGAGCAGUUUCGUCAAACCCAGCUGACCAUGCUUAUGUCCAUGAUCCAAGAUAAUGAGGAACAGAUUUUAAAUGCACUGCACAAAGACCUCGCAAAGCCAAAAUUUGAAGCCAUUAUGUCCGAGAUUGAUAUUGUGAUCAAUGAGCUGCACUACGCCAUUGCUAACCUCACAAGCUGGAUGAAGCCAGAGUAUGCCGGCACAAACCUGGCCACAAAGCUUGAUGACUGUUCUGUGCGGAGGGAACCAUUAGGAGUUGUGUUGAUCAUUGGGCCGUGGAACUAUCCCCUGCAACUCCUUAUCGUACCUUUGAUUGGAGCCAUUGCUGCAGGAAACUGUGCGGUCAUCAAGCCUUCAGAGGUCAGCUCCGCCACAGACAGUCUGAUGGCAGAGCUCAUCCCCAAAUAUUUGUCUCAGGACUGUUAUGCGGUUGUUUCUGGAGGAGCAGAGGAGACCAAGGCACUUGUGCAGAAUCGCUUUGACCACAUCUUCUAUACAGGUUCUCAGACUGUGGCCCGCAGCAUCCUGCGGGCAGCCUCGGACCACCUGACCCCCGUGACGUUGGAACUGGGCGGCAAGUGUCCGUGCUUGAUAUACGGCAAGGUGAACAUGGCCUCCGCCGCUCAGCGCUUGGUGUGGUCAAAGUAUUUUAACGCCGGCCAGAGCUGCGUGGCUCCGGACUAUGUGCUGUGCUCGCAGGCCACCCGGGACGCCCUGCUGCCCGCACUGCGCCAGACUCUGGAGGACUUCUACAGCAAGGACCCUCAGACCUGUCCCGACGUGUCCCGCAUCGUGUCACCCCAACACUGGACGCGACUGAUGGAACUGCUCGCCAGGUCCAGAGGCAAGGUUGUCGUGGGAGGAGAGGGCAACCAGGAGGACAAGUACAUUGCUCCCACAGUGGUGGUGGACGUGGCGGAAGACGACGCCCUAAUGGAGGAGGAGAUCUUCGGCCCCAUCCUGCCCAUCAUCACUGCCGAGUCCCUGCAGGAAGGCAUCGACUUUGUCAACCGCAAAGAGAAGCCGCUGGCCCUCUAUGUCUUCUCUGAAGAAUCCUCCGUAAGAACUCGUGACUCUGGUCCAGGGUUUCUCCUGACUUUUUUUUUUUGGGCGGGGGAACUACACACGACCAUAGUAAACGCUGUGCUGGAGAAGACCAGCAGUGGAGGAUUCUGCUCCAAUGACGGGAUCGUCCACAUGACCCUGCCGACCCUGCCCUUUGGGGGUGUAGGGGCCAGUGGUUGUGGCAGUUACCACGGCCGCUGGAGCUUCGAGACGUUCAGCCACCGGCGCGCCGUCAUGCUGCGCGGCUGGGCUCUGGAGAGGCUCAACAGCCUGCGCUACCCGCCCUACAGCGAACAGAAACUCAGCUGGCUGCGCUGGACCACCUCGGCCAAGUCCAGCUGCUCACUCAUGUGACGACAGGCAGCGUGUGUGCGCGUGCACGUGCAACUGGAUGUAUGAAUGUAUGAAUGUUCAGGAAAUUCAACUGGAAAUGGGAUUAAUUGUUCUUUUUUUGUUGUUUGUGUGUAUUACUGGAUGCUCGUGCAUUGUCUGUGCCCCAGACCUCUGUGACACUGUACUCCUCUUUCUGUCACCAUUAUAUUUGUAUCUUUGUAUCUACAGUGCUUUUAGAAUAUACACUUAGUGUUUUAUUUAUUUGGGUUGGCACAACACAUGUUAUUUUAUUGGCAAGACAAAUGAAACUGGCUCAGGUAUGUAGAAUGCCUGCUUAUUUUGUAUCCUCUUGCACUCAGAUUUUGACAUGGAUAAAAGUAAGUUACAGUGUUUGUUUUUUUAAUAACUUUUGUCAUUGGAAGUCUUUUGUAUUGUUUUGGUUUAUUUUCUCUUGGUGUCUGCCGGGGUUCAAAUGUCUUGUCUGUGUUUUUAAUACUGUUUUUCAUCAAAUUCACCUCCUGCAUAUAAUAAUAAUAAUAAUAAUAAUAAUAAUAAUAAUAAUAAUAAUAAUGUAUACUUUAUUAAUCCCACAAGGGGAAAUUACAAUG